UUUAGAUUAACCGAACUUCAGCUACAGAAAAUCAGCUUUCAUCUGAUCUAAUCCUAGAUUCAAUAUUUCUCUGCAUUUUCCCAACCAGUCUUCACUAUUUACACAUCUUUAGAUUCAAUUCUCGUUAUCGUUUUCUAUUGAAAAUCAAUCAGUGACUCAGGAUAUUAUUCUCAUGCUUUUGAUGACCAUUUUGUAUUCUCUUGAUCUGGACACACCUCACUACUCUUAAUUGCAAUAUUGUUUAACCUCUUCUUAACUUCAAAUGACUGACACAGUUUAUCAUCACUGAAUCAACCAUCUAAAGCCAUCAUUUUCUAAAUUAUAUCUAAUUUGUUGAACAUACUCCUUCACUUGUAUCACUAUAAUGAGUGAUCAAGAAGUGAAAGGGAAGAAAAAUGGUCGAGGUAGAGGUCGUGGAAAAGCAUCAACAACCUCAACAACGACAACAGCAACUAAAACCACAGGAAGUAAUUCAAAUGCUACAGCUGCAGCUAGCACUGGUAAAAAAAGCAAAAAGAAGGGUUCAUCCAUAAAAGGAAUCAGAACUGGUCGUGGUCGUGGUAGAAAUAGGAUUGAAGAUUCUAGUUCAGAUGAAGAGACUGUUGUAGUACCUAAAAUAGAGCCAACUAACGGGGAAAAUGAGACUCCUGUUGAAACUGCCCAAGAGAUACCCAUUGAGAUGCCUAAAGAAAAAGUUUCCGAUGAAAAUUUUAUCAAUAGAAUCCUCAAAGACGAUAAACCGCUUUUUACCGAGUCUAAUCAUUUACCUUUGAUCCAUACCUUUCAAUCUCCAUCUUUGAAUUUCAAAGAUGAAAUCGACGAUGACCUUACUCUGACGUUAUCUUUCGUUGGUCCCAGAAUUAAUGUACCAUUGCACAACAAUAAGCCAUUGACAUGGAAUCAUAAAGUUAAUCUCAUCGGGGAUAAAUGUCCAAGCCCUCGCAUUCACAUUUGCGAAAAAUGUGAACGUCCGAUUUUACUCUAUGGCAGACUAAUACCUUGUAAACAUGUUUUCUGUUAUGACUGUGCCAAAGCUAAUAACCCUCUUUGCCUUCGGUGUAAUGAUAAGGUCAUAAGAGUAGAAAAGAAUAAAUUAGGAGCUGUUUUCAUGUGCAUUUAUGAAAAUUGCCGUCGUACAUAUCUUAGCCACAGAGAUCUACAAGCUCACAUCUCUCAUCGACAUCUCAGACGUUCAUCAUCUAACUUCAAUUCAUCUAAUCAACUCUCUAAGCAAUCACAGCAAGGAAUUCCUAUGGGGGCAUCAUGUUCUAGUAGUUCAUUGACUGUUACAUCGCCAACCACACUGGUCGGCUCUUCAUCAUUGAAAAAUCCAUUUCCUGUGCGAAGUAAAACAGUCCAUAACAGUAGCUCUCUCAACAAUUUCACUCACAUCUCAUCUUCUCGUGCAAACAGCUCCUCUAUUCAAUUAUCUUCACUUGAUGAUCAACUUGGUAGUAAUAACCACCAAACUCACCAUAGUAGUCAUAGCAGUAGAAAUAAAUUACUGAGUAAUAAAAAUUUUGUGAUAAGUGGUAAAUCGCCCAAUUGUAAUCCUCAAAAUUUAAAUAAUCUACCUCGAAAUAGUUUACCAUGGCCAACGCCAAGUCAACCAUCGUCAACAACAUCAUCUGCAUCUUCAUCAUCCUUCACAUCACCAACUCUUCCAUCAUCUCUUCCCAUCACCAAUUCAUGGAAUCUACCUUUGCUCUCGGAUCCUCGUCAAGGAUCCGCCAUAAGUCGUCAUUUCUACCCAUAACGAAAUACUUUUUGGUCAUUUACCUUUGAUUUUUAGAGCAUGAUUGUAAUCAUCAAUCGUAUUUCUUUUACAAUUCAAUUUGUAAUCUAGUACGAUAGUAGCUUGAAAAUUGACUCUUCUCAAGUUGAACAUACUUAAAAUAUUGUAUUAAACUUUGUCUAAAACUCUGUA